UAUACUGACCCAUCUAAGGUUUUACAGUCGCCUUUAAGUGUCUUUUUAUUGAAAUAAUAAAAUAAACAUGUCGCUAACAAAUUAUUAUUCCAUGAUGGGGCUGCAGACUGAGGAGCCGUACGGUGCGCAUUUCCUCCCGGCAGGCUUGCAGGCGUCGACGGCCGGCUGCGCAAAGCCAACCCGCGGCGCGGACGACGAGGAGGGGACACCCGGCUCCCACAUUCCGGAUUUUGCUCACUUUCCCAAUAAGCAAAGCGGACUGAAUGGCUUCUCACCGUGGACGACGGCGGCUACCAACCCCUCCUCGGCGUCGUCGCCCUCCUCCCCACCGCUGCAGGCCGCCCCGGGCGCGUCCAUCUCGGGACUUUUCCACCCGCACCACCUCCUCAGUCACCACCACCACCAGCAGGCGCCGCCACCCCCGCCUCAUCUCCAGCCCCAGCAGUCCCCUUACUACGCCCCGCAGCCGCACGCCGAGCACCUCGCCCCGGCUUCGGAGGGCCGCUUCGUCCGCUGCUGGGAGGGCCCGGCCGGGGAGGCUAGCUUCGCCGCCUGCCUGCCCCCGGCGCAGGGCUGCUCGUCCAAUUCGAGCCCGAGGUUCGAGUCCGUGAAGCCAGACAGUUCUCCGCCUCGCUCCACUCGCGGAAGCCCCGGGGACUCCAGCUUCGCUAGCCCGGGUGACGUGGUGCUCGAGCGGCUGGGGACGGCGGAGGAGCUCCGCGGGAAGCCAGAGCCCAAGAAGGAGGACGAUGACGAAGACGAAGACAGGAGGAAAGCGCGACCAUCGCAACCUGACUCAGAGAACCCGUCCGCCAGUUGGAUCCACGCUAAGUCUACCCGCAAGAAGCGUUGCCCCUACACCAAGCACCAGACUCUGGAGCUGGAGAAGGAGUUCUUGUACAACAUGUACCUAACUCGCGACCGGCGCUUGGAGGUGGCCAGACUCUUGAACCUGACUGAGCGGCAGGUCAAAAUCUGGUUCCAGAACCGGCGCAUGAAGAUGAAGAAGCUGAUGAUCCGGGAGAGGAGGAGCAUCAAUGAAUAGGAUGGAAUGGCGGAAAGACUCCCUGCAAGAUGAGUGGAUGUCACAUGACUUUUGAUUAACACGAAGAAAAAAAAAACAUGACAGACUAAGAACAAGAUGGCCAUGCUGAAAAACACUUAAAGUCCAUGUCAAUGCAAACGAUAUUUUUUGCUUCUAUUCCACUUAUCGGAAUGUAGAUGUGACAAUUUAGUAAGAUUUUGUAUGGGAAAAAAAUGCUCCCGAUUAGUAGCACAGGGACAUUUUUUUUGAGGGGUGAUUGAAAAUGUGACUUUAUGGUCAAAUACUGUGGUAAAAUAUUUUUGGGAGAAGCAUUUUGGCCAUUUGACAGUAGCGCUACCGUCUACUUUGUAACAUGCACUUUUGAAGAAUUGCCAACUAAAUUCAUGCAACAUGCCACACAAAGUUUGCAGAAAGUGUGGUGCGCAAAAGUUAAUCUUUUUGUGUCAAAUAUUGGCUAAAGUGAUCGGAAAAUGUGGGAAAGAAAAUUUUAACAUUUGUUUUAAAACCCACUUAAAAGCAAUAUGCUAAAUGUCAUUGGAAGGUUAUUUUUAGCAGUCUUUAUGCAGAAUCUGUAAAAAAAAAAAUUUUUUUUUUUAAACAUGAGGAACUAAGCAGAGCAGAUGACAUCCAGAAUCAAGGCAGUAAUCCAAACUCUAUUUUUUUCCUCUGUCCCCCUGUUGGCAUAUUUUCACGAGAAUGUAGUUGGAUUUUGGACGAAAUAUUAGUCACAAGUUGACAUUUUUUUCUUAACUUGAACUCUUAAUAACGAUUAAAAAUGCUAAUCACUUUGAAAAUUUGGUAAAAGAAUGCUUUGUUCAAGGAAAAUGUUUUAAAAUAUUACUUUUUGGUUAAGAACUCUUUGGUUAAAGAAGAAAGACAACCUUUCUGUAAGGUGUUUUAGAUAUCAUACUUAGAAAUCAUUGCAAAAUAUGUCAAUCAAUUUAAGUAAAAUUUGUCUGCAUAUACAUGCUAAUGCACUAAUUCGUGCAUGCCAAAGGUCCUUUUUAUUUAUUUUUAUUUUUGCAUCUGUCCUCAUGUUUUUACAACAGAGGAUUAGGGGCAAAUAAAGGAGAAGGAACAAAAGGACUACGAGAUUAAAGUCGUACUGGUGCUAUGAGGAAAAAAAGUUGUACUCUUACAUAGGGUAAAUCGCUACGCACUUUACGUACAUGUACCUGGGAGCUAUGACUAAGCAUCAAUAUAAAGUCAUCUAUUGAUUAUAAUUUGAUGUAGAUGAGCCAAAAGAUAAAGUAUUUCCUUAUUUAUGAAGCAGAUUCUAAAAUAUAGACUCAGGAGAUGCACACUGUUAUUCCAAUUCGCUAUUAUACGUCACCUACAUCGUAAAGCUACUACGUAUCUGGGAGGACAAAGUGUUGGUAGCUUAGAAAUCAUUCUAUUGAUGAUUUGAUGUAGAUGAGCCAAAAUAUGAAGGAUUUCCUUCUCCUUAUUUGUAAAACUGAUUCUAAAACACAAGAUGCUUUCAAUAUUGGUGAUUUUAACGGAGGCGAAGAGCUACGUAGAGUAAGUAGCUGUUUAUUCAGUUACAUUAGCCUAACAAAAUGAUACGACUUUUUUUUUCGUGGUAAUAGUUCGAGAUAAAAGUCAUAUUAUUCCUAUGAGAAAAAAGACAAACUAUUAACUGUACCUAAAGUGAGUAUACCCUAUGUAAUAAUACGAAAUUUUGUCUCGUAGUACCACUACGACUUUAAUCUCGUAGUCCUUUUUCUUCCCUUCUCAUUUAUUUUGCCCUAUCCAAUCCUCCGUUGUAUGUUUUCGUGUUAUUGUAGGGUUAUACGGUAUAAGGUUAAAAUAAUAAUAUAUAAUAUAUUCCAUCACAAGUUGGUCAGUUUUUGUGGAAUUUAUGAUGGAUGGCCAUAUUUGCUGAGUGGAGUUGCAAUAGUAACCUAAUUCAAACAUUUUUUCUUAAUUUAUUUUAUUUUUCAUUUUUUGAAAUUUUUUUUUACAGUUUGCAGCUAGAUUCUUGCACAAACACAUUGCCCUUUCCUGCCAGAAUUUUCGAUCUAAUGUGUACUAAUUAGACAAAAAAACAGCAAAAGUCUAGGUAAAUUGCAGAAAUUUUUGUUUUGUUUGUCAAAACUUGGUGCUUUCCAAGUUGCACCUUGGCAGUUUUUCAAUGUAUCAUGUUCACCUCAUUAAAAACUAUUCUUGAUAGCACACACUAUUCCAUCAUAAUCAUGUAAUGCGUUGUAUGACAACAAAGAAAACAAAGUCUUAUGGCAAAAUUAUGCCCACAGAGCUCCAAAAAAGAUGCAACCUUUCUAGUUUUGACGAUAAAAAUGUCAAAUUUUGUACAAUUUCCCACUAAAUCCUGUCAUUGUAAAUGUUAGAAAAUACGCCCAAAACGCAGCGAAAUGAGGAAAUAAAACUAUUUGAACAAAAUGGUCCAUAGAUUUAUGAACACAGUUUAGUGGUUAACAUUUUGACUGUUUUAUGACUAAUGUUUUGUAAUUGGUAGAAAAUUGGUUUUCUCAAGAAAUAUGAUAACAAAUGAUGUUAAAAUAUGACUUUAAAAUUUAACAAGACGCAUAUCAGCUGCAUUAAUUAAGUCGAAACACUACCAGGUAACUUAGGAAUACUUUUCUACCAAAUUUUCAUCACACCAGAUAUUAUAGUUUAGUAGAAAACAUAAUGUAACAUGUUUGUAAAUGAGUGAACAGUUUCGGAGAUGUUUGCUUCUUGCACAAGUUACCAGGGUUGGCGUUUUUGUGCAAUUUCCUGCUAAAUUCUCAUUCCAAUGUGUCGUCCCAGAAACACAUAUUUGUAGCAUUGUAUUUAGUAGAAAACUUUGAGAAAGUGUCGUGUAAAAUGUUAGGAAACAAGAUAUUGUUGCUGCUUACACAAUUGUCAUGGAUGGAGGACUUUUGUACAAUUUCCUCUUAGAUUUUCCUAAAGAUGCGCUCCAUUAGUGAUGUCAUGACAUUUAUGUCAUGAGCCGUCAUGUACAGUAGAGAUGAUUUAUUGAAACGUACAAAACCUCACAGAAAGAGCAACCAAAAUAUGCUUAGCUCGCACAAAAACGGGCUACAAAGACGCAAAGUGUGCAAAAUGCAAACCCCAGAUUCAAAUGGUGAACCUUAGAGUUGCAAGGCUGAUGUGCUAACCUCUAUAUCGUGCAAGCCUGAGCUAGAUGCUCUCAACUUGUAAUCCUUAAUUGUUCUGUUGUUGUUUUGUGGCUGUUAUUUAUGAUCAAAUCCAACAAAGUAAUCAUUUUUGCAGUAAAUGACCAUGUUUUAGUGUCACCUUUGGCGAUAAACGUCACAUCUACUUGGGGCGAAUCACUCCCAUGGCUUGGACGUCUUUCGCCAUCAAUGGCAGCCAGUGAGAUAAUAUCCAAAAGGUUUUAAUGACUGUUUAAUUGUAAUUUGUUGUUUUUCUAAGCUGCAUGUAUAAACGAGCGGGCUUACGUGUUGUUGUCGUCAUUGUAUUUAUAUUUGUUGUUAUGCCCACGUGCGAGCACACACUGUGGUUGCUGGGUGUUAGCUCACACAACAACGGCAGCAACACAAAUGUGAGUGUUGCCCCAUUUUUCUAUUUUUGGACACACAACUCAACAGAACAGACAAUGUGCGACUGUUCCGUGGAAUGUUUGAAACACAACUGGAGUCCAGAUGUCAAAAUGUCCUCUCUUUUCUAGGAAAUAAAUUGCGCAUUACAAUUUUGGUGGUGCAUAGACAUCAUUAUUCGAAAAAA